AACACAAUCAAAUCACAAAUCGCAGACUUGGAGAAUUCAUUUUUUCAUCAUGAAGUAUUUUAUUUGUUUCGCUAUUUUUGCAGCAGUCAUAUUGACAAUAAAUUGUCAAACAAUUAAAUUAACGGUGUGUGGUUCAGACGGCUUUACAUAUACCGAUACUUGUUUGCUUGAAAUAGCACAAUGGCAGCUUCCAAAUUUAACUUAUACGGAUGGAGCAUGCCCGGAAGAAAAGCCACAACCACCAUAUUUAUACUGGCCGGUGUGCGGAUCAAAUAAUGUGACCUAUAACAACUCGUGCUAUCUGGAUGUGGCAAAAGAAAAUGAUACAAGUUUGUACAACGUAUCAGAAGGUGUUUGUAAUCCAAAUUGUGAUUCUUAUGAGCCAAUUUGCGGUGGAGACGGAGUAACCUAUGAUAAUUGGUGCUUGUUCAAUGAGGCUAAACAGAAACAACGAGGUGAAUUGGUGAAACUAUCGAACGGCGUAUGCACUGAAAGUAUUCUUUGUAACACUUUUUAUUAUCAGCCGCUUUGUGGUUCAGAUGGCAAUACGUAUGCCACUAUUUGCAAAUUCAAAAAAGCACAACAAAGCGAUUCCAGUUUAGUCAAAUCAUCAGAUGGUGAAUGUCCAGAGAAAAAAAUCAAAUAAAACUCUCACAUCCACCGAAAAAGCAUUCUCAGAACACAAUGUUUAACUGAGAUUAAUGAAAAAGCUGUAUUAAUCAAAAACGUAAAUUGUUACAUUUUAAUUUCUGAAUUCACAAUAUUUUUUGUUCAAUUUCGAAAGAAGUAUGGAAGAUCGAAAUGGAUCAUGUCCUCUUUCGAAAAUUUUUAACACUUUAAAUAAAAUAAAUAAUUUAAAAUGUCAA